UCAGAGCUGCACUGAAGUGAAGACAGAAGUGUGUGAAGACAUCUCUUUCUCUGAUACCACCUCUGGUUCCAACAGAAGAGAUCACCAUGUUCCUUUUUACUGCUUCUAUUACAGCCCUGCUGCUCACUCUGUCUGGUAUGGAAGCUCUGGUACUGACCCAGGAAAAGUCCCUCUCUGUGAACCUGGGAGAUAAUGUGAAAGUCUCCUGUGUUGUUGGCACUCAGACCUGGAUUUCAUGGUACCAACAGAAGGCCGGAGGUGGCCCACGUUUUUUGCUUGCUGACGCCAAUAGAGCAACUGGGCUUCCAGGCAGGUUCAAAUAUUCUGAAUCUGGCUCUACUGAGUAUCUGCACAUUAACGGAAUCACGGCAGAGGAUGAGGCAGUGUAUAUCUGUGCUUGCGUUGGUAAUAAAUGUGGCGACGUACCACAACGAUACAGUUCAAUAGACUGCUCGUACAAAAACCCAACAGGGCUUCGGAUUAUUUUGACUGAAUUUGAAACAAUUACAGUGUACUUUAGGUUAAAUUCCAUUCUUAUUGUUUUCAAUGAGAGAAUCUUGAUCCAUCUCACUGUUGCAGUCUAUCUUUUGUGUCCUCCCCUGUCAGCCCGCCCUCCAUCACCCCCUUCUCUGGUCCUGAUGGCCCCAGCCCUUCCCUCUGGGGACAAGACCACCCUGGUGUGCCUGGUGCAGGGCUUCCACCCUGACGGUGCCUCCUUGUCCUGGUCUGAUGACAGUGGCUCUCUGACGGGUGCUGAGGACCAGAAGGGCGAGUCUCAGCGCCAGCCUGACGGCACGUACGCCCUGAGCAGCCUCCUUAGUCUGCCCUCCACAAGCUGGAGCUCUGGACAGACCUUCACUUGUCACCUGAGCCACUCAGCACUGACCAACCCACUGAGCAGGAGUGUUAACAACAGGCAAUGUUCGGUGUAAGGUGAAGUUAGUCCAUAGACGUUGAACUUGGGUUAGUUUUGCAUUUCCCCCACUAAUGGUUAAGAUUAGGAUUGAGGGAGGAGAAGCUGAUCCUAGAACUGUACCUAGGGCAAAUUUCCCCCGUGAGCGGCAGUUUGUGCGCUUCACAUAUUUUAAUAGAUUGGCAACUUGCUUUAGAAGUUAUUGAAGUUUAGUUUUUUCAUUGUCUCUUUUUUGAAUAGGGACCUCUGAUGAUGAAUGCUGUAUUGCUUGUGAAGUAAUCUGAGGAAUUUCUGCAUAUUGAUGUGAUGAGUUGAAUAAAGCCUUUCAUGAUA